UCCUUACCUUGUCUUUGUUUUGUAAUAAUCAUACAGAUCCAUAAAACAGUGAGGAGAAUGCAGGAACAGAAGCAGGUAGUGAUAAUCGUUGGAGCAGGCCCUUCUGGGCUUUCAGCUGCUGCAUGCUUCACAAAGCAUUCUAUUCCUUACAUAGUUCUCGAAAGAGAAGAUUGUUUUGCUUCUCUGUGGAAGAAAUAUUCCUAUGAUCGUCUUCACCUUCACCUUAGGAAGCAGUUCUGUGAGCUUCCUCACAAGCCAUUCCCACCAUCUUUCCCUUCGUAUGUGCCAAAGAAGCAGUUUUUGCAGUACCUUGAUGAGUACGUGUCCCACUUCGGAAUCACCCCUUUGUACCGAAGAACAGUGGAAUAUGCAGAGUACGAUGAAGGGUGUGAGAAAUGGAGGGUGAAGGCUAUUAAUGGGGAAACUGAUGAGGUUGAGGAAUAUUUUGGGAGGUUUUUGGUGGUGGCUACCGGAGAAACUACUGACCCUUUUGUGCCUCAGGUCAAAGGGUUGAGUAGCUUCCCUGGGAGAGUGCUUCAUUCAACUGGCUUUUCUUCGGGGAAGGAGUUCAAAGAUGAACAUGUUCUGGUUGUUGGGUCUGGGAAUUCUGGCAUGGAAAUCGCAUUGGAUCUUGUCAACCAUGGUGCCAAAACUUCCAUUGUUGUUCGAAGCCCGGUUCAUUUUCUGUCGAGGGAAAUGGUAAGUUUGGGGUUGUUUCUUCUGAAGUAUUUGUCGUUGAGGAGCGUGGACUCGUUAAUGGUGAUGCUUAGCAGAAUGGUUUAUGGGGAUGUAACAAAAUAUGGGGUUGCAAGGCCCAAAGAGGGACCCUUUUAUAUGAAGGUCAAAUACGGCAAGUAUCCAGUCAUUGACGUUGGAACCUACCGCAAAAUCAAGUCUCGAGAGCUAAAGGUAUUGCCAGCAGAAGUAGAAAGCGUACGAGGCAAGGAUGUCCUAUUCAAAAAUGGUGAAUUGCACUCAUUUGACUCCAUUGUUUUCUGCACUGGCUUCAAGAGAUCAACCAAUAAGUGGCUUAAGGGGGAUGAUUACCUUCUGAAUGAUGAUGGUCUUCCAAAGCCGAGUUACCCCAUCCAUUGGAAGGGAAAUAAUGGUCUGUACUGUAUUGGACUAUCAAGAAGAGGUUUCUAUGGCGCUGCCACAGAUGCUGAAAAUAUAGCAAAUGAUGUAAUAAGCUCCAUCAUGCAACAUCCCUGAGAAGAAAUUCAACCAACAUUUUUGCUAAAUGCAUGAAGUUUUCAAACAUAAUUAUUAUUACCAUAAAUCAUUAAUAUUUUCCACAUUCUCUUGGUUAUUUUUUAGCUGCCCAUUGAUGUUAGAUCCUAUAAUCUGGAAAUAAUGUGGGCACAGUAUAUUUAUGUAUAAUCUCAAUAUACAGAUUUAUAUAUGUUAAAAAGUUGUAUGUUUUUACACU